AUGGAAAUCAUUCCUGGUCUUCCAAAUGAAAUUAGCAGAGAGUGCUUCUUGAGGGUGCCGUGGACUUCGCACUACAAGCUAAUAUCUGUUUGUAAAACCUGGGGAAAUAUUGUAAGAAGCCCACUCUUCUAUAAGAAUAGAAAGAAAUGUGGUGCAAGCCAGGAAUUGAUUAUACUAAAAGUGCGUGUUGGAAUUCGUUUCCCAAUAAUUAUCUACGACCCUCUCAAAAGAUCUUUUCAAACCUUGCCCCCACUUCCUUUUGGGUUUCAAUAUAUAAAGUUUGCUCAUUGUGUUUCUGUUAAUCACAAACUGGUCGUAAUGGGGUUUCUCGACAAACAACAGCUAGCUUAUAAACUCAUCUUCGUCUAUGAUUUUUGUUCUGGUACAUGGAAGCGAGGUGCUGACCUUCCUGAUAGCAGAUGUCUUUUUGGUUGUUCAGUGGACUCAGCUAAAGAACUAAUCUACAUUGCUGGAGGUUGUGACAAGAAUGAUGAGAUUUUGUUUACAGCAGCAGUUUAUAAUGUAGAGGAAGACAUGUGGGAAUAUCUUCCUCCCUUGAUUUGGGGCGACAAUGCCUGCCACAGUGCAUUUGUUGAUAACAAGUUAUAUGUGAUGAAACGACAUAUUAAUGGAGGGUCUGUACAAUGUUAUGAUCCCAACACACGAAUAUGGAGAGACAUGAGCAAUGUUAAUGCCUUUGCUAAUCAUAAUUUCAGAUUUGGAUUUAUGCAUCCACCUUUACCUGCAUUCGGACGUUUAUUAUGUUUUUGCGGUGGAAAUGUUAUAGAGUUUGAUUAUGUGGAACAUCAAUUCCAUUUAGUAGGAACACAUUGUCCUCGCUUCCUCACAGUUGAAGGUAUGACAAUGUGGCGUGGCCAGAUAGUUAUAUGCGGAAGAAUUACGGGAGGUGACAUAGCAUUUUAUCUUUUUGAGCCUCUCAGAGUUGGAGAGCAUGGACAAGUGGGAAAAGAAGAGAGCUGGACUCUCUUCAGCGUUUGGAAUUCUAUAGAAAUCGGAGAUCUUGCCAAUUGUUGUGGAACAUGGACAUUGUGA